AGACAGUGACCAGGAUUGAUUACUUCUGACGGUGUAUGGCGCUGUCGAAGUAAGCCGUUAAGUCACGCGAUAUUUCUGAAGUCUCGCCCAUGCAUUAUACUUCUGGAAACCCCGGCUAGUCUUCCUUUCUCAACAUGGCACCGAAGGUGAAGAAGGAAGCUGUCCCUGCUAAGACUGAGGCCAAGUCAAAGGCUCUGAAGGCCAAAAAGGCUGUGCUCAAAGGCGUUCACAGCCAGAGGAAGAAGAAAAUCAGGACUUCUCCCACCUUCCGUCGUCCUAAAACUCUUCGUCUCCGUAGGCAGCCCAAGUACCCUCGCAAAAGUGCUCCUCGCAGAAACAAGUUGGAUCACUAUGCCAUCAUCAAGUUCCCCUUGACAACAGAGUCCGCAAUGAAGAAGAUUGAGGAUAACAACACACUUGUAUUCAUUGUUGACGUCAAGGCCAACAAACAUCAGAUUAAACACGCUGUUAAGAAGUUGUACGAUAUUGAUGUUGCUAAAGUCAACACGCUCAUCAGGCCGGAUGGUGAAAAGAAGGCAUAUGUUCGCCUUGCACCUGAUUAUGAUGCAUUGGAUGUUGCAAACAAGAAUGUCUGUGAUGUCAUUCAAAGGAACCACUGAUGCCAGAUAAUGGUGCUGUGAUUACUGUCAAACUGCUGUGAAUGUUGAUUGGUUUUUUUUCUUUCUUCCCCCCUUCUCAACAGAUUGGCAUCAUCUAAACUGGCUCUAGAGAUGUGGAAUAAAUAUUUGUACAAACUA